AUGUCCUACGCUGAGGGGUUUGUGUUGAUUCAGACAGCAAAACCAUUAGUGGACACAUGUGCCCCACGAAAAUAUGGCCACCUCCAUCAGAAUCUAGGAAAGCUGAAGUUGGAGGAAGACCAACUUUCUGCCACUGAAAGAGACAACUGUUUGCUGUUGGAGAAGAUGUCCUGCAUCAUGAGAACAAAGGGACAAACUGACAACAAAAAUGACUAUAAGGCCAAAAGGUAA